AUGUCAGCGGCGGAGCCAGGGAGAGAUGCGAAUCACACUGCAGUGAUGGAAUUCAUCCUUCUGGGGUUUGGAAGAGGUCCAGGGCUCCAGGUGGUCCCUUUUGUGAUGUUCUUGGUGAUUUACAUAAUAACUGUGCUAGGAAACACCAUCCUGGUCCUCAUCAUUACAGCCAACUCUCGCCUUCACACCCCCAUGUACUUCCUCCUCAUGAAUCUGUCACUCUUAGACCUCUGCUACUCCUCUGUCAUUGCCCCCAGAGCCAUGGUGAGCUUUCUAACAGACACCAAAACCAUUUCCUACAGGGGAUGUGCCACCCAAUUCUUCUUCUUUGCUCUCUUUGUCACUACUGAGACAUUCAUCCUGACAGCCAUGGCAUACGAUCGAUACACCGCCAUCUGCAACCCACUCCUGUAUCCCACCACCAUGUCCAAGCCAGUCUGCAUUCAACUGGUGGUGGGGUCCUAUCUCUGUGGCAGCAUGAACGCCAUGGUGCAAACAGGCUUCACCUUUACUCUUCACUUCUGUGGCUCUAAUGAGAUCGAUCACUUCUUCUGUGAUGUUCCACCCCUGCUAACCCUCUCAUGCACCGACACAUACAUCAAUCAAAUGCAAGCAACUGCUAUGGAAAACUGCACUGCGGUGUCUGAGUUCAUCCUGGAAGGAUUCAGAGACCAUCCAGAGCUUCAAAUCAUCCUCUUUGUGGUCUUCUUAGUACUGUAUGUCACCACCCUGGUGGGCAACAGUGGUAUGAUCGCCAUCAUUAGUGCCGACACCCAUCUCCACACUCCCAUGUACUUUUUCCUCAGGAACUUGUCCUUCUUGGACCUGUGCUACUCCUCUGUAAUUGCCCCCAAAGCCCUGGCCAGCUUCUUCACCCAGAACCAGACUAUUUCUUACACAGGAUGCAUGGCCCAGUUGCUGUUGUUUUCCCUCUUCAUCACUACUGAAGGGUUUCUCUUGGCUGUCAUGGCCUAUGACCGCUUCAUUGCCAUCUGUUACCCACUCCUCUACCCCAUUAUGAUGUCCAGGAAGUCUUGCCAGCAACUGGUGGCUGCAUCCUACACCUGCGGCUGUGCCAAUGGAGUGAUACAGACUAGCUUCUCCUUCCGGUUGCGGUUCUGUGGGAGCAGCCAAAUAAACUUCUUCUGUGACGUCCCCGCUGUCAUGAAGGCCUCGGUCACUGACACAUACGUAAAUGAGGUUGUGAUGUUUGCACUCUGCAAUGUCAUCAUAGUCAUCACCACAGUGGCAAUAUUUACUUCCUAUGCCUACAUCCUUUCCACCAUCCUCAAGACCCGCUCUGCGGAGGGUAGGUAUAAAGCCUUCUCCACCUGCGCCUCCCAUAUGAUGGCUGUGAGUCUCUUCUAUGGGACGGUCUUCUUCAUCUAUGCCCAGCCAGCUGCUAUAUCCACUCCAAACCAGAGCAAAAUGGUGUCCGUGUUCUACACCCUGGUGAUCCCCAUGCUAAAUCCCCUCAUCUACAGCCUGAGGAACAAGGACGUGAAAGAGGGUCUGGGGAGGAUGAUGGGGAAGAGGCUUUUUCCAAUGAACUAA